AUGACUCCAUCCGCCCCAAACAGCCUCUCGUAUUUCACCGCAAAGCCAAAACACGAGCUGAAGAGUCUCUGUAAAGCUCUGGGCAUCUCAGUGAGCGAGGGUACAAAGGGCGCGAGAGUGGGUGUACUCGCCAACCGGCUCGCAAGUUUCCAUGCGGGAGGUACCCCUCCCCUGUCCCGCGCCGCCAAGGCAUCCAAGAAGAGGCAGGCUGUUGCCGACUCCGCCUCGUCGUCCCUAUACGACCCGGGGGUCUCGACCGACAUUCAGUCCUUCAGAGGCGCACCCCACGACCUCCAAACCAUUGACCCCAACCUCCUCAUGUUCGGAGGCCCGCUUGCCCAGAACCGUUACCCUGCUGCCACCACUUCACAGGCUUCCAGCACCCAGGACGCACCCCACGACCUCCAAACCAUUGACCCCAACUUCCUCAUGUUCGGCGGCCAGUCAACGCCCACCUCGUUGAUCAGCUUCUCGGCGACAGCAGUGCAUCGUAUCCCUGCCCAUUCCUGGUCUGCAGAGGGGAGUCAUUCUCGCCGGCCGACGUUGCCGACCACCUCAUUAUCAAGCACGGCCAACGUCUGCGGGGAAGGAACCAAGCUGGAGUGA